CCGUCGUCCUCCCGGUUACACCGCCCAGAGUCAGAGGAGAACAGCUACGAGUUUGAGACAAGAAUCGCCGGUUGCAAGUGCGUGCCACACCCCCUGAUUGUGUUUUUCUGACGGUUAGACCGCGAUUUUCUUUUCCCUCUCAUUCCGUUGGAAAAGUCACUUUCACUCUUUUUUUUCCUCCCUCGCGUUUUGUGCUUCUUCACUUCUCCGCCCUUUGACUCUGCUGAAUCAGUUAGCAGAGAAAAACAAAACAACGCAAGCAAGGUCGGAGAACUUGGCCGUCGCCGUCGCCAUGGAGUUCGGAACCGCCACCGCGACUCUCACGAAGAAGCUCUCGAGCGGCUAUGGCGUCUCUGGAAGAUCCGCGUACGACGGCGUUUUUGCCACUCCGAUCAAGCUCAGAGCUACGAGCUUCACUUCUCAAUUCGACGAUUACCGCGAGAUUUUCGCUGGCUCCGGAGCUUCCCUUGGUUCCUCGAUUCCGAUUCUCGAGCUUCCGGAGCUCCACGAGAGGAAGACGAUGGAUGAUGUUCGGCGCUCGAGGCUCGAUUACUCGAAGGUCUUCGGCGGGUUCGAGAAUCUAGACGCUGCUGUACCUUUUGAGGAGCUAGUUGCUGAGCCUAACGAGAAUAAUAGUUUCACCAAUGCAACAUCGACACGGAACAAAAUCAAAGGAGGAAAUCAAUCUUGCCGGGAAGACCGUACUAAGCAUUCAAAGGAAAUUCCAGUAGUUUCACAGCCAUCCACUGAUGCCAAAAGGGUCAAUAUGUCAUAUCAUAAAGUUAACCAAGGAAGUGAAAUUGGAACAAAUGGGACAACGCAUAUAGCUCAACUCCAUGCUGUCCCCGCUUACACUCAGUUGAUUGAAGAAGUCAAUCCGGUGAAGUUGAACCGAGCUAACGAGCCUAUAUCAUUAGCACAGGAUACUUUGUCUGGUAGUCAUUGCAAUGAGGAGAUAAAAGAAAGUGUACAUUCUACCAAAUCAUUUACUGGUGUUUCAUCUGAUAAUACUAACAAACAGUCUUCCAACAACGGAGUGAAAGUCAAAAAUAGAUCUGAUCCUAUUGAUCUGUUUUUUGAUGCAUGUGAGAUUAGUGAUGGAAUUAAUGGAAUACAUUGUGCCAAAGUUCCUCUAUCAGAGAAUACUGCAGGCAACUUGAAUAAUCAUAUUGGUGAUACUAUGAAACCAUCGCCAAUCAAAUGCCAGGCAUCUAAAAGUGGCACAUCUGAACGUGCUGCUGGCGGUGAUUCACCUUCAUACUUCGAUGACAUGGUAGACGCAAAUUCAGAGGCAGCUGCUUCUUUAGCUGCUUUAAGAAAGGCAAUAGAAGAGGCUCAAGUAAGAAUGUUGGUUGCAAAAGAAUCGAUGAGAAGAAAAAAAGAAGGUUUUGCUGACCGUGUCAAACAUAAGUCUAAUAUUGAAUUAAAAGCUGAGGGAAAAAAGGAGAAUAAAGUCCCAUAUAAAACAAUGAAACCUGAAGAGAUUAAUACAAGGCAAACAUUUAGAAAUAUGGACGCUUUGCCCAAAGCUUCUUCUGAGGUAGGAAAGUCAAUGAUGAGAUUACAGCAAGCAAGAUCAGAUCGAGGGGCUAAAGAAGCUGUACAAGAAGCACAGAAGAAAUUGAAAUCAACUCAAGCAAAACAUAAGGAAGAAAUUGAACAAACAGAAGCAGAUCAUAAAGGAAAAGUUCUUGAGCUUAAAGAGGCAGAAAAUCACAAGAAAGAGCUGUAUAUUAAAAGUACUGAUAGUAAUGCCUCUGAUAAACCAGAAGAACCUGAUCAUACAAUAGAAAUGGUUCAGGAAUAUUGGGAGAAGGAGAAUAAUGAAGAAAAGCUCCAUGCAGAUAAUGAAGCAAGUGCAUGUGAAGAACCUGUCCAGGAACCUAAACAUAGGUGUCAAGAAGUAGUAGAUAAAACACAACUGAUUCGGGAGACACUUGAUAAUGGAACAAUGGAUAAGAUAUUGAAGGUUAACAAAGAUGGUGACUUUGAAAACAAGGUUACAGCUUUUUAUGAACCAGAAGACUAUGAAGGCAACCUGGGUGGGCAAGGUUUACUAACAGGAAAUGGGAAAAAAGUUGCUUGUAAGUCAGAAGAUGGUAAAAUAGUUGAAGGGUCCUUUGAGCUGGAAGAAUUGAAAAUAAGUGCAGGAGCUGUUCUGGAACUGGGAGAGGUUGAGAAGAACAUUGCUCAAGAGCAAAAAGGAAGUGAGGAUAAAAUCGCUUCCAAUGAGCUGGAAGAAUGUGAACUGACUGAAUUUCAGGAGCCAAGUAACAAUGAGAGUGUGUGCAGUCAGCAUGGCUCAUACUUUAUCAGUAUGGAUAAAGAAAUAAACGACUUGGGGUGUUUAGAGGAUAGAAAGAAAAGGAAUGAAUCUGGUUUUCUGGAUAUAAAUCAACAGACAGAACAUUCCUGUCAGAGAGAAGCCUCUGAUAAUACAUUUAGCAAUAUCUGUGUGCAGGAAAUACUGGAGGAUGUGGUGGACCAUAUUCAUAAUGAAGAAGAAAUUUAUGAAAAAUAUACAAAGGAUAGUGAAUUAGGUGGAAAUAGUAGGGCUCUUGAUGCCCAAGGAAGUGAGAAUGAACUUGAAGGAGCAUCCCUUCUGAUGGAUGAAAAUAUGAGGGAAAGGAUAGAUAGCAAGGAGCCAGUAGAAGUAAUUAGAGUGAUUCGAUCUGAUCCUAUUUGUGAAGAGAUAAAAGCAGAGGAAGCCGGCAAGACCACAGAAACUAGUUCAAGCUGUGAGCCAGAUGAAACUGAGAAGUUGAACAAAAGAGUAGCUGAUACAGUCAUUGAAAAUGAAGAAACUCUAGAAGUAAAUCCUAAGGUUCAUUCAUGUGAUGUGCAGGAUGAUAUAAUGGGAGCAGGUAAUACUUCAUCUCAACAUCAAGAGACAUCUGUAGAAAUAGACUCUGUCCAGUACACAAAUGAUAUCCAUGAGAAACGUGCAGUUGAGACUUAUGCUUUCAUUCAAGGUUCCCUCAAAUUUGAUGAAGCAGUUGAUCAAAUGCAAAAUAUAUUUGAAACAGAGACCUCUGAAGGUGCUGCUACAAAUAAUGAUGACAUUGACAUAAAGGUUGGGCAAAAUAAAGAUCAGUGUAAGGAAAAGGCAGAAAAUGAGUGCAAUCUGGCAAUGCUUGUUGAAGAAACAACUCCUGAAUCUGUAGAAGUUUGUAUGGAUGCAAAUGAGGCUAGAGUCACAUUAAAUGAAGAGGUAGAUGAGAAUCGAUGUAACUCCUCUAAUGAGGAAAAUUUAUUUGACAAUGAACAUAACAUAGAAGCAUCUCAUAUGCCUAGUACGGCUGAACGGAAAUUAAGUUCCAUCAAAGAAGAGGAGGUUGAAUCAAUUCACAGGAAUCAAAAGGAGAGUUGUCAAGCAUCCAUAACAAUGGAAGAGAAGGAAGCCAAUGAUAAUUCACGUAAGGUAGAGCAGGAAAAGGAACACCUCAAAAAACUUGAUGAAGCAAAAGAGAAAGAAAGAGAAAGAGAAAAGGAGAAGUUAGCCGUAGAAAGAGCAAUUCGUGAAGCUCGUGAAAGGGCAUUUGCUGAUGCCAGAGAAAGGGCGGCUCUAGAGAGAGCUGCAGCGGAAGCACGGCAGAAGAACAUUUCUGAUGAACGGGAAAGGCUAGGAAAAAUUGCAAGUCUGGCAAAUGAGAAGACACCAGCUGUGAAAGCUGCCAUGGAAGCAAAACUUAAGGCUGAACGAGCUGCUGUAGAGAGAGCAACUGCAGAGGCAAGGGCACGUGCCCUGGAAAGGGCACUUUCUGAGAAGGCUGCCUCUGAAGCAAGAAAUAAAUCUGACAAAUCUGACAAAUCUGUUGUGGGCCUUGGCGCAUCCCGAGAUACUGGAAUGAAGCAAAACUUCCAUUCAAAAUCUUUCAGCUAUGGUGAAGUUCGUGAUUCUACUGAUGUAUUUGAUGGAGAUAAUUGUGAUUCUGCUCAGAGAUGUAAAGCUAGGUCUGAGAGGCAUCAGAGAAUAGGGGAACGUGUGGCGAAGGCCCUUGCAGAAAAGAAUAUGCGUGAUAGGCUUGUGCAGAAGGAGCAAGAGGAGAGAAAUAGGGUAGCAGAAACUCUCGAUGCUGAUGUUAAAAGGUGGUCAAGUGGGAAGGCAGGAAACUUGAGGGCAUUGCUUUCAACAUUACAAUAUAUCCUGGGGCCCGACAGUGGUUGGCAACCGAUUCCUUUGACAGAUAUAGUAACCGCCGCAGCUGUAAAGAAAGCUUAUCGUAAAGCAACUCUUUUCGUGCAUCCUGACAAGCUGCAGCAGCGGGGUGCCAGCAUUCAACAGAAGUACAUUUGUGAGAAGGUUUUUGAUCUUCUAAAGGAAGCUUGGAACAGAUUUAACAUGGAAGAAAGAUAAACCGAACUCCGUGUUGUGUUGAUGGCAAUGCGCGCGGUGGUGACCAUUCUUUUCAAAUGUAUUGUAAAGUAAGUUCGAAGAAGUCAGCAAAUAUGGAUGGGCUGAAUGUGGAACUUUCAACGUAUAGUUCAACAUUUUUUUUAAUUCGUUCCACCUAAAACCGGCCCAAAAUUAAUCAGAAUAAUAUAUCCAGAAGAUAGCUCACUGACUAAGUAAAGCCUUGGCUGAAUCGAUUCAAGUUGAUUUAUGGGGGAUUGAAUUAGAUCACAUUUGAAAGCAUUUUCAAAUUAGACGUACAAACAGGGUAUAUCAACCAUUCCGAAUUUUAUUAGAACAUAAUUCAUAUCAUAAAUUCGAGAAUUCUGAGUCACUGAAACAGUAUCUAC